AUGCGCUGGCUCUCGAGGCGGACAGGUAUCGCCACGAGUACGAGCUACGCCGUGAGCAGCUGCACAAUGACUAUGCGCUGCAGCGUAGCAACUCGGACAACGACGCAAAGCUGCUCCAACAGCAACUUGAGUUCCAGAAAUCCAACCUGGACGACCGUGAGCGACGCGUCUCCACUCGUGAACGAGAAUUGGAACAGAAGAGGCGAGCGUACGCAAGAGAUCGAGAAGCCUUGGACACCAAUUGGGACGAUCUCCAGAAGACGGCGCAGGAACGGAUUGCCAAGCUGCAGAAACAGGGCAAUACCCUCGAGGCGGAAAGGGUUCAGUUGGAAGUUGAGAAAAAACUGGUCGUUGACCAAAAAGCGUACAACGAAAACAAGGCGGCUGUACUCGAAAAAGAGCGAAAUGAGCUCGAUGAAGCAAAGAUCGGCUUGGAAGUGGAAAAGGCGACGAUUGCUGCGGAGCGCAAAAAAUCGGAUGAAGCCUGUCAAGCUCUUGAAGAAAGGAACUUCCGCACCCCCAUGUCAGCGUCCAGAAAGGUUCUUCCGCAACGAGAUACCCCGAUCAGAAAGAAGCCACUCAAACCCAAGACGAUCCACUUCGUGGACGCAGAUGACGACGGUGAUGAUUCAGAUGACAACAGCAGCGACUCGACAUCGUCGGAUCCAGCGAAGGAGAUCCUGA